CCUCCUCACCACCACCUUACCAUCCCACACCUCACCACCUCCCGCUCUCUCUUCGUCAAUCAUCGCUAGUCUCACCUCAUCUCAUUGUCAUCCGAUCCAAACCUCAACACCUCACCAACUUCAUCCUAAGCAACCUCACCGACCAUGGUCCGCCUUACCUCUCUCGCCUUCCUCGCUGGCUUCGUUGCCACAGCAGUCUAUGCUUCCUCCUCUCCGGACCUCGCUGCCAAGAAGGAGCGCGCUAUGGCCCAGCUGAGCCCCGCGGUCCAGCGCUACCUCGCUACCCUUGACGAGUCCGAGUACGAGCUCGACCUCGAUGGCGCUGAUGAGGAUGAAGGUCAGCUGGCCGAGCGCGCCGAUAGCAGUCUUCAGGACGCUGCCUCCGGUGCCUGGAAGGGCUGCAAAAAUAGCGCUGUGAGCAUAUCAUUCGACGAUGGUAGCUACGACUACCGCCAGAAUCUCCUUGAUAUAUGGACGGGAGGGCACCAGGUCAGCUUCAUGAUCAAUGGCAACAACUAUCGAUGUGGGUACGAUGCCGCGUCCGUUUCGGGCAAUCGCAGGGCCCUCGCCGCUGGCCACCUGAUCGCCUCGCACAGCUGGGGUCACUACGACUUCGGCCAGGCCGGUACUUCUCACGACAUCAUCGAUCGCCAGAUCGAGCUCCUCGAGGAGAUGACGCUCAAGACUCUGGGCAUCGUACCCCGCUACUUCCGCUUCCCCUACGGUUCUUUCGCCCCCGAGACGUCGCAGUACAUCCGCAAGAAGUACGGCUACCGCAUCAUCCAGUGGUCUGACGACUCUGGCGACUCUAGCGGCGCUCCAGCUUCUCAGUCCAUCGCCAUGUACAACCGCUUCAAGAAGGGAGAGCAGCACCUCGUUCUCAACCACGAGACGUAUGAGAGCAGCGUCAAGCAGGUUGCUCCCGCUGCUAAGAAGGCUCUCGACAAGCUCGGCGUCAAGAGCGUCACUGCAGACAAGUGCAUUGGUGCUACUGUCUCGCCUUACAAGGUCAAGACGAACCCUCAGAAGCGCGACUCGAGCUGGACGUGCGAGGGCAAGCCCCGUCCUGGCCAGCCCAAAUAGGGGCGCCUAGCGUGUAGCAUCUAGCUUGACGUUCGAAAGAGCGCGCUGCCGAUCCUCGCUGCAGCCCUCAAGGACGAUCUUCGCCCCUCGCUCCUCCGUGCUCUCUGCGCCUCCUGCUUCCCGUGCCCGGUGCUCUCAAGUGCUCCGUUCCUGCGCGUCGUGCGCUCAUCGCCGCUUCCUUCCUCAAGUGAUGGCGGUCCUUUCUUGAUUCGUCUUCUCUCUGUCCGCUUGUUCUAUUCUUCUUUAAUCCAAUCAAUCAUGUGUCCGCCACUCGUAUUGCCUGCGACUCGAGUGAAGAGAGGUCGAGG